AUGUUGGAUCCUGAAGUGGCAGCUCAUGUUUCAGAUAUUAUUGAGAUUGAAGAAGGUUUGGAAAACCUUACACUGUCUCUUUCUGAAGAGAGUGAAGGUGUUGAUGUUGAAGAUGGGGGUGAAGGGCUUGGUGAUAAUGAUGAUAGUGAAAGAGUUGCUAAUGAUUGGCUUGGUGAUGAUGGUGAAGAUAGAGCUGGUGAUGGAGCUAAUGAUGAUAAUGAUGAAGGAGCCACUAACAGUGAUGAUGGUGUUGACUGUGAUGAUGAAGAUGGUAAAUGGAAAGUAGGAGCAUAUGAUGUUGACGAUGAAGAUGUUGAGUCUGAAGAUGAUAAGGAUCAUGAAACUAGAUCUUAA